AUGUUAGCUAAUGAAAAUUUUCCACAUCCUGAUGGUUGGCGUUUAAACUAUAAUGUUGCUUUAGGCAAUAUUCUUCUUCAUCUGGCAGCCAGUAUUUCAGGUUAUGAGUUAACAAGAUUGCUUCUAGAAAAGGGAGCUGAUGUGGAAAGCAUAGACAAAGAGGGGCGAACAGCUCUGCAUAUUGCUUGCGAGCAAAAUUGUUUUGGUAAUGUUAACUAUGCCUGCAGAGUUUGGACAACUCCGCUUAUCGCUGCUGCAGACAAGCUACUUGAUGAAAAUUCAACUACAAAUCAAGAUUUGUAUCUAGAUCUUUGCAUGUUGCUCAUAGAACGUGGAUGUAAUGUUAAUGAUGUUAAUAACCAGGCUGAAACUGCCCUGCAUAUUGCAGUUAAGGCAAAAAAAGAAAGUUUAGUUCAGAAACUUCUUAUUUCUGGCAAUUCUGGUGCUAAUUUAAAAACUCAAGAUUUGGAAACUACCUUAGAAAAAUGGAAAAUUUUUGAAGUAUCGAAUGAAAAAAGUAUUCAACUAUUAAAGUAUGCUAAUUAUAAAUCGAAGCAGUGUCGUACUUUAGGAAACUUGUGCACUAUAGCUAUCAGAAAGAUCUUCAGAAAUGUGGAGAAAGAUGCUGUUCAACUCGGAUUACCUCAAUCACUGGUGGUACGCCUUAAAGACUUAAAGACUGGUGAAAAUGUUAUUGGUAUAUGUAAAAAUAAAAGUAACGCUUGGACUUUUACAGACUUUGGACAUUUUAGGUGA